GUAACACUGUAAAGGGAGAUAAUAAAUAUUGGAAAAAAGUGGAAGAAAAAUUGACAACAAAACAAAUACAAUACGAAAUGAGAGAAAAUUAGAAUGUUUGGCAAGGUAGACGCUCAGAAGAAAAGUUUUUUAGACCAAGCAAAAGCACAAAGAGAUGACAGAGCAUAUGAAAAGAAGAGACAGGUUGCAGUUAUCAAAAUUCAGAGUGUGGUACGAGGAUUCCUUGAUAGACGUAGACUUACACGAUCAAUAAAAGAUGAAGUAUCUGACUUGUUACAGAUUCCUACAGAUAAAGAGAUUGAAUAUCAUCCAAAAUUGAAGCCAGCUGUAGAAGUUUACAAGACUAUCAAGAAAGUUUUAUACAAGUUUAAAGAAGAUGAUGACAAAGAGGCAUUUUUAUACCUGUGCCGCUACCUUUUAUGUUCCAUGGAUUCAGAUGAUAUAAAGGUUUGUUAUAUUGCUGUGGCAUUAAAGAAAGAAUUUGUGUUGUCAUGGAUACAGCAAGUGAAAGAUAUCAACUGGAAAUGUUGUUGUUAUUUAAAAGAAUUAAAGCCAGAGAACCAUGUUGAUUUUAGUGUGAUGAUGUUAUUGUUGAGAGUUUUAAUUGUAUUUACCAGUACAUCUACAUGGAAAAUAGUAAAAACUACACCAGCACUUGCACCUGGUUUAAAUCAACUCUGUAAUAACAUCAUGGGUGACCUGAACACCAGAGGACUCUAUCCUAUAUUACAGGGUUUAUUAACAAGAGGUCUCUCCAGAACGAAGUGUGCCUUUAACCAGACAUCACUUUCAGCUAUGGUUACUAUAGCUUUGAGACCAUUGAUAGCAGCCAAUUUUUCAGACAAUCUGCUGACAGUGUUUGUACUAAAUAUUAUGUCUGUGCCUGCUGUUAUUCAUCAUGUGUCCAAUCUGUCACAAGAGUGUUUGACUCUACUGGUAACUCACAGAUUAUUUAAGAGAUCCCUAGAUCUUCUGUCAAAUGAACAGAGUACCAGAAUUAUCUUCAAUACAUUAGAAGGAAACUAUGCACUAUGUUUGCUGGCAAACAUGGUACAUCUUGGUUUUGUAGAAUUAGAGGGUCUUGUUGAAAAUACAAUCAAAUUUAUGACAGUUGUUAUUCGUCUUCUGGAAAACUGUAAGAAAUAUGUACAGAAUAAAAAAUCCAGUUUAACUCACUGGCAUCCUGUUCUGGGCUGGUUUUCCCAGAAGACAGAUCCUAGUUUGCAUGCCUCCAUGCCAUUUGUAGUGAAACAGUUACAGUUACUGUGGAGUGAGAAAAUGAUUAGACUAAUGUUUGCUGAUCUCUUAAACUACAUAGAAAUAGAUACAGAGAAAGCCAGUAAAAAUCCUUCACCUUCAAAAAAUAUAAUAAAGAAAGCACUGGACAAAGCUUCUACAAAGUCAUCAGGAUCAAAAAUCAAACUAGAUAGUUCUGUUAGUACGUCUACAUGUCUGCCAUGUGUCUUGUACCAGAGAACAAUCAACACUUUAUCACAGCUCAGGAUGGAUAUACUGGGAGGACUAAGUUACAAUGAUGUAUUGUUACCAAUUCUGUGGAAGUUUUUAGUGGACCUUGGACCAAACUGUGGAUUGAAGAGCUUUUUAGAGCUUCUUAGUCAAGCCCCCAACAGUACUAUUCACCCAGUAUUUAGUCUACUGACUGUGUUCUGUGAUGCUGCUAGUCACUUCAUUAUAACAUUGGAUGAUAUUGAAAUGUAUGAACAAGGCAGAUUAUUCAAACUUGAAGAUUAUGUAAAAAUUAGUGAAUUCCUGAACUGUUUUGUUUUCCGUGUUAUCUGGAACAAUUUGAUAGACACCACAGCAGCAUUAAUGUCUGAUGUGUUUGGAUCAACUCGUGGACUUUUGAAUAUUCUCUAUGAGAGAGAUUGUAGACGGAGUUAUACCCCUCCUAAUCACUGGUUAAUCAGGGAUGUAAAGCCUUCAGUUUUCAUGGCUGAGUUGGAGAAAGGGAAGAAACCAGCUGUCUUUCUGAUGCAGAGAUUACCACACAUCAUUCCAUUCUCUGAGAGAGUAAAAUUAUUCAGAAGACAUGUGAACAAAGAGAAAGAAGCCAUGGGUUUUACAGAAUCUGCCUGUACAUCUCCACAGUCUACACUUAUAUCUGUACAUAGGUCACGGAUUGUGGAGGAUGGUUACAGACAACUGGCACAGCUUCCAACUAAAUCAAUGAAGGGGCUCAUAAGGGUGAAAUUUAUAAAUGAACAGGGUCUAGAUGAAGCAGGUAUAGAUCAGGAUGGAGUAUUUAAGGAAUUUCUGGAGGAAACUAUCAGCCGAGUGUUUGAUCCUUCCCUCAACUUAUUCAAGGUGACAUCAGAACAGAAACUGUAUCCAUCAUCAACAUCUUAUAUCCAAGAAAAUCAUCUGUCUUUGUUUGAAUUUGUUGGUAAAAUGCUGGGGAAAGCUGUUUAUGAGGGAAUAGUUGUAGAAGUUCCGUUUGCUCCAUUUUUCCUGACACAGAUGUUAGGCCACCAACAGAGUGCCACCUACAGUUCACUAGAUGAACUUCCAUCACUCGACCCAGAACUUGCUAAAAACUUGUCAUAUGUUAAGCAUUAUGACGGUGAUGUUGAUGACCUUGGGUUAACCUUCUCAUUAGAUGAGGAUAUCAUGGGAAGGGUAGAAACUCAUGAACUGGUACCUGGUGGUAAAGCCAUUCCAGUCACUAAUAAAAACAAAAUCCGAUAUGUGCACCUGAUGGCCCACUUUAGAAUGUAUAAACAGAUAAAGGACCAAACACAAGCAUUCAUCAGAGGAUUUAAAGGGGUCAUCAAUUCUGAUUGGUUGUUGAUUCUCUCUGCUCCAGAAUUACAGAAACUUAUAUCUGGUGACAAUGCAGAAUUAGAUAUACAAGAUUUAAGACGGAAUACUCAAUAUUACGGUGGUUACCAUAACAACCAUAAAGUCAUUAACUGGAUGUGGGAUAUAUUAGGAAAAGAUUUUAACAGAGAAGAAAAAGGAUUAUUUCUAAAGUUUGUAACCAGUUGUUCCAAGCCGCCACUUUUAGGAUUCUCCAAUCUUGAACCUCCCUUUUCUGUCAGAUGUGUUGAAGUUAGCGAUGAUCAGGACACAGGCGACACAGUUGGAAGUGUAUUGAAAGGAUUUUUUAACAUUAGGAAAAGGGAUCCUGUAGGAAGAUUACCUACAUCAUCUACGUGUUUUAACUUACUGAAAUUACCUAAUUAUCAAAAGAAAAGUACUUUGAGAGAGAAGUUACGAUAUGCAAUAUCAUCUAAUACAGGCUUUGAAUUAUCUUGAUACAGGAAUAACAAAUGGAGAAGAAUUUUCAUUGUUAAUUAUCGUGAUGUUGGAAUAACAAAUGGAGAAGAUUUAUCAUUGUAUUUAUCAUAAAAAUCAUCUGACAUAUGAUUGUAUUUGUUGUUUUAUUUAUUGUUAAGUUAUUAUUUUUUAAAGUCAAGGUACAUAAAGUGAAUGGUGUUUUUAUAUAAAAACAAAUGAUUAAAUAAAGGGUAAAUUUUGGAAGUACAGAAUUUAGUAUUUUCAUCUUAAACAGAUUUUUUUUCAUGAUGGAUGACUAGAAAUCAAAGUAAUAUUUUAGAUUACUUAUAAUUGAAUAAACAAUGUUAAUUUUCCUAUACUUCUAUUGGCAGUUUACCUCAGGGAUCAAUAUCUGCUGAAAUUAGAUCUUCAUGUAGGAAACUAUCAUUUAGGUGUAUAAUGUCGUUUUUAAGGGAGAUUGAUUAUUUACCUGAUUCAGUGAUAGAGUUUGAUUUAUUGAUUGUUUUCCUUUAUGUCCAGUAGCAAAUAUUUCAUGACUUUGAUAGUAUAAACAGUUUACCUGUACUCAUUGAAAGAUUGAAAGAAAGAUUUAAUGUAAAAGAAAUUACAUAUUUAUGUGUAUAGAAUAAAUCAAAUAAAGAUGAUAUGUCACUUAUUAUAAAUAUUUUCAAUCAAAUCAUGAUUUUUUUUAGAUUCCUGUUUUUGUUUUGUUUGUUCUAUUGGGUGAAAGAAAGGGAUGUAAGAUGGUAAUUAAUUAGGAAAGAAAGGUUUAGGCAAAAACUCAAUUAUAAGGCAUGAUCAACUAUGGUGAACUUUUGCAUUUGGGUUUAGCUUUUAGCAGCUACACUGGACUGAUAUUUUGUCAGUGUACUUAUUGUAGCUUGCAACAAAGAGCAGAGUCAAAUUAUGCUGCCUUACACUCAAUGCAUGAAUAGUUUAGGGUUACGUUUCUGAUCUUGAGAAAUUGCAUAUCUUGUAUUUAAAAUCAAUAUCUAUUUUUCUCUGAGUCAUAAAUGAAGAAAACUUUGUGAUUGAAUACAUUUAGUUAUAGUGGUCCAAAUAAAAACUAAAAGGGCCAUUCAAUUAAUAUGUAAUAGGAUUUAGUUCCUAAAUACUUUAACAAUGUAAUACCUGCAAGAUUUUACUGAGAAUGUGCCCUAUUUUUCAUUUUGAAGAAAUACAUAUGUAAAGUAAUAGUCUAGUUGUUCAAGAUUAAAGUUUUAAUUUGUUGCCAUUUCAUUUUCAUAUCUCAUGAUUGAUUUUAUGUGUUCUAAUGAAAUGAGGUCUUGUAAUAUUUUACAUCAAAAUGAACACUAUAUAUAUGAAUAUC